AUGGGCAAGAAAAAACAGAAGUUAGUGCGUCAUACUGCUGAGCAGCUUGCAGACACGCCUUCAGCCAACAUCCACACGGCCUCCAUGUACACAUUCCAAUCUGGCAAGCCCUUAGUACGCACGGAGUCCCUGGUUGGCGCCCAUGUUGCUCCCACAACUGUCCCCCCUACAACUCUUCUCCAUAAUGAGGAUUCACCACCAGCAUCUAACCAAUGGCAAAUAUACCAAGCUGGCUCUUUCCUCGACUAUAUGCCGAUUCCUGACGAGUUUCGCGUCGAGACUGAGACUUCGAAGAGGAAACGCACAGCCGGGGAUCACCCCCUUGCAGCAUGGCAGCCGGAAUGCCCCACAUUUUUGGACGAGAUGAUUCGCCUGGAAGGCCGCGGAGAUUACGCCGAGGAUUCUGAACUCUACUGCCCUUCGUGUACUGUGGAACGGCACCGAUGUCUGCCCUUACAUCGUCUUCAGCGCUGGAAUGGUAACUACUUCGAACGAAUCACCCUCAAGUCAUUGGGUUACGCAUUCAGCUGGGGCACCGUAUCGGAGACACGUGCUGCAACCCUCACCAUGCGUUCAAUGACGACUUCAUAA